UAGACCUUGCUAAAGCACUGUGGGUGUCCUUACACCUUAAGGAAUGCAGUGGCCACGUCAGUGAUGUCCAAGUUUCAUCAGCACACAAAUACAGUUCGGAAUCCUCCAGCUAUACCAACUCAAACUGAGAGGUGGGAAUGUUUGAAAACUUUCCCAACGCAAACAAUUCUUGUGAGUCAGCCGAAAGGAACUUCCAUGUGUAUCUUCCGACAACACUUCAGCAAUGAUGAUCUUCGAAUCGAAGGGUCUGGAGUAGAAAGUGAGCUUGGUCUGUGUGUUCAAGUGUUCAGAACAGCAUCAGAACCUUCAAGUCAGUGCUACCACCACAGUCAGAGCUCAAUAUUAAAUUAGUGACUUAGGAAAACUUCCAGGCACGCUUGAAUGGUGGGAGAAAGCAAAUAUUUUAACAUGUGCACACUAAAAACGAAACGUUAUUUUGCCAACAAAUGUUCUCAAAUUUCUGCAGAAAACGUGAAGCUUUGGAGCCAAUAAUGAACUCCCGUACGUUUUACGUUUGUUAGUAAGUAUGACCUAAAGUGAAAAAAUGCUCCGCCUACCGCUUAUAUGCAGCGGAGACUUCAGGGUUCAACUUCAUUUAAUCUCGGUGGAGCAGCAGCACGCUAGACUAACGCUCGCUUACUAUGGGCUGUCCCUGUGCUCUGCUCCUGUGUCUCUGGCUGCUGACCGUCUUCUGCAUCACACGCACUUCUUCCUUCGAUCUCACGAUUCUUCACACUAAUGAUGUACACGGCAGAGUGGAGGAGACCAGCGUGGAUUCGAGCAUGUGUGCUUCCAACUGCUACGCAGGCGUGGCCAGGAGAUUGACAGCAAUCCGCCAAAUCAAGGAGAAGGAGAAGAAUGUCCUGCUGCUGGAUGCAGGGGAUCAGUACCAGGGAACCAUAUGGUUCAAUUAUUACAAGGGUGCCGAGGCAGCCCACUUCAUGAACGAGCUGGGAUACAAUGCAAUGGCACUGGGCAAUCAUGAAUUUGACAAUGGUGUGGAUGGCCUUUUGUACCCCUUUCUUCGGAAUGUUACUUUCCCAGUGCUGAGUGCAAAUAUAAAAACAGAUCAGCAGUUAUCACCAAGCAUCACGGGCUUCUAUCAACCAUAUGUGAUCCUAAAUGUUGGUGGGGAAAAGAUCGGUGUGGUUGGAUACACCACCAAAGAAACCCCAAUGCUUUCAAGUCCAGGGCCACACCUAACCUUCGAGGAUGAAAUUGAAGCUGUGCAGCGUGAAGUUAACAAACUCACAACUCUUGGAGUUAACAAGAUUAUCGCCCUUGGUCAUUCAGGUUUUGAGACAGACAAACAGAUUGCAAAGAAAGUGAGAGGUGUUGAUGUUGUAGUGGGAGGACAUUCCAACACUUUUCUUUACACAGGCACGCCUCCUUCUAAUAAUAUCCCUGUUGGUGAAUAUCCUUACUGGGUAAAAUCAGAUGAUGGCAGAAAUGUCCCUGUGGUACAGGCCUAUGCAUAUGGAAAAUACCUUGGACAUCUAAAAAUUACAUUCAAUGAUAUGGGAAUAGUGACCAAAGCUGAGGGAAAUCCAAUACUGUUAGACAGCAGUAUUGCUCAAGAUAAAGUGCUACUGGCUGAUGUAAACAGCUGGAAAAAAGCACUUGCGAGCUUUGGAAAGGAAUACAUUGGGAAAACACUGGUUUAUCUGAACGGAACAAGAGAAGAAUGCAGGAAUCGUGAGUGCAAUAUGGGGAAUUUAAUUUGUGAAGCCAUGAUUUAUGAAAAUAUCCGGAAACCAGAUGACAUUUCAUGGACCCAUGUAUCCAUUUGUUUGACUCAAGGGGGUGGAAUCCGUGCAUCCAUUGACGAGAAAGCUAAUAAUGGAACAAUACGAGUAGAAAAUGUUUUAGCAGUUUUACCAUUUGGAGGUACUAUAGAUCUGCUCAAAGUUCGGGGUUCAACAUUAAGAGCAGUUUUUGAGCAUUCUGUCAGAAGAUAUGGACAGAACACAGGGGAGUUUCUGCAGGUGUCAGGAGUCCACAUAGAAUUUGACCUGAGUAGAAAGCCAGGACACAGGGUGGUCAGACUAGAUGUUCUCUGCUCAGAGUGCCGCGUGCCACACUAUGAGCCGCUCGAAGACUCCAAAAUUUACAAAAUUGUUGUCAACUCUUACAUCGCUGACGGUGGAGAUGGAUUCACCAUGUUGAAGAAUGAAAAGCUGAAACAUGACACCGGUGAUACAGAUAUUUCAGUGAUUUCAAACUACAUCAAGCUAAUGCAACGGGUUUAUCCUGGAGUUGAUGGAAGAAUAUCAUUUAUUGAAAACAGUGGCUCACAGUUAUACAUUAAUAUGAAAAUUGGAUUGCUUUCUGUCUCAAUUUUUGCAUUCUUAUUCCAUUUUUGAUGAUUAUAAUAAGUUAACUUGUUCAGUGAAAUAACUAAUUCCUUUCCUAAAGAUGUUGUUUUGUUGUAAUUUGCAUUUGCCAGGAGAUGUUAAUCAUACUUUCUAUUUAAAAUAUUGAUAAGUUGAUUUUCAGACCACCUGCUCACUGAAGAGAUAACUGAGUUUCUAGCUGUAGCUGCACAGUGCAACCAACGAGUGAUGCCUAACGCAGCAUCAGUAUAUCCUAAAAUGCUUUCCCAUUGAUAAAGUUCAGCCAUGUUGUAAUGUUGAAAACAUGGCAGCUAGUUUGCACAGAGGGUCUCCCACAAACAGUAAUGAGACAAAUUACCAGAAAAUAUGUUUGUAUUUCUUGUCUGAAGAAUAAAUAUUUGGCAGGGCAACAAAUUUCUCUAAGAGUCAUCCAUAUCCAUGGAUGAGCCUCUGCUCAAGGUCCUGUUGUAAAGACAGCAUCUCCCACAGUGAAUCACUUCCUGUAUUAGAACAAUAGCCAGGCAUUGUAUCCAACAUUCUGAAGUGGAAUUUUAACCCAUAACGACUGACUUAAGGGCUAUUUCUGAAUCAUGGAAACAAGACUAAUACUGUACUCAUUAUAUGUACAGUCCUAUAAACUGAUAGCAGUACCUCAAAUUGUGUAUUUCCAUAAGAAAUUAUGGAAUCUGGAGUUCUUAAUUCAUUUGUUGCACAAAUCUAUGAAUGUUUAUUUUGAAAUCAGAACACUUUAAUUUUAAGAUAAUUUUAUGAUGAAGGGUUUGAUCGCCCAUAGCUUUGCUCAAGAGAUUGAAACUAUGUAGUGCAUUGGCUUAAGAUUUGAGUUCUGAUUGAUUCGUGCACUGAUCUAAUUGAAUUUUGAAUAAAGAUGUUUAAUUGCUUAAUA